AUGAAGAGCUUUGGACUUUCAUUCUUGGCGUUCGCCUUACUCGCAGCUCACAUCUCUGCUAUCCCAUUGGAAAAUGAGAUUAAUUCCAAUGAUUCCAACGAAUCCGGAGACCUCAAAACGAUCGCAAAUUGCGCCGAAGAAGGUGGAUUCGCCGGAGUGAUGAAUUGCGCCGCUAUGCGUGCAUUGAAAUCCCUUCAAUACAUCGCGAAGCAACCGAGCCUCGAAAUUGUACCUGGAAUCACAUUGAACAGCGAUAAUCCGAAUGUGCAGAGAUCAGGAAAAUCUUUGUCCGACGAAGAAUUACCAAAAGAUCCUCAAGAGAAGGCCAACAAAUUGUAUUCACUCAUCUUGGACAAUGCCGCUUCUGUCGUUUCUGGACGUACCCUGAAGAUCAGUAUGCCUGAAAACGUGUCCGAAAGUGUGUCAAGGGCUUUGGAAGAAGGUGGUUCUUUGGACUUCCUCCCAGGUCGCAAGAAGAAGAAGGGUAGCAUGAUCCCAUCUUACGUCCUCGCAAUUGGAGCCAAAAUGAUCGCAAUUGUACCAGUAAUCAUGGGAGGACUCGCACUUCUCACAACCAAAGCCUUGAUCGUAGCCAAAAUCGCCCUCGUCCUCUCCGGAAUCGUCUUCUUCCAAUACUUAGGAAACAAGGGUUCGACAAUCUUUAGUGGAAUUACAGGAAAUUCUAAUGGUUAUGGUGGGGCGGUUAGCAGCGGCGGAUACGGAGGUGGCGCCCACGGAUUCAGCACCGGAUACGGAAGUGGUUCGUACAAUCCUUCCACCUGGACGACGAAUUCGUUGGGUGGUGGAGCGGCUGCUGCAGGAGCUGGAGGUUCCUACGCUAGAUCCAUCGAUGUUGCCGAGGAAGCCCAAAAGAUGGCGUAUUCCGCUUCCGUGAAGAAGCAGAACUAA